AUGGCCACCGAUCCCUCCCUGCAAGAUCCUCUCCUCUCGCUCCGUCGCGCCAUCGCAGCCGGCAACCUCCCCACGCCAACAACCUCCAGCGACCUCUCCGACCAAAAUGCGACCGACGACCUUGCAAAAGCCACCCAUCUCUACUUCCAACAUCCCCUCCCUCAAACAAUCCCCCUCACAACACCCACCCGCUUCGUCUCCAGCUCCUCCGACUCCGCCGUCGACCUCCGCAGUAUCUUCUUCGCGUGGCAGAAGAAAGAUGUCGCCAUUCCAGAGUACAUUGCCUCGGCGCAGGAGCUUAACGAGUCGCUGAAGCAAAAGGAGCGCAAGGAAGGCGAGGAAGAGGAGAAAGUUCAGAACUUGGUUUUCGUCGAGCGCUUGGAUCUUCUGACUUGGCUGGAGGGCGCGUCUGAUGAGAGUGAAUACAUCAAGCCGUUAGAGGGUGCGGCUGCUGCGGCCGCGGCUGCGGCUUCCGCUGCUGCUCAGGCGCAGGCGUCGGCAAAUAUUGCUUCGGGGGCUGCUGGUGGAGUUUCUGCUGUGCCGAGUGGUGCUCCUGGGGGUGGUGCUGCUGCUGCGCAGACUCAGCAGGGUAGGGCGGCCAAGGUCAUUGAUCCUAGGUUGCAGGAGAUUUAUAACGGAGAGCGGAAGAUGGGGGAUCGGAAUAGUGUGCUACGGGGAAUCAAGCCGACGGACUUCUCUCACGUCCGCAAAACCGCCGAAUCUAUGCUUGGACGCAACCGCUCCCGGCCGGGACAAUACCCUGCUGGCGUGAAAGCCGGCAGCAAGCCGCAAUCCAUGGUGGUGCCGUCUCCAUCGGCCGGCCUGUCCCAGCCACGCAAGGCAAGCAAGACGCAAGACCCCAUCAUUCUCCUCUCGCCCUCGGCCUCAUCGCUCAUCCGCAUGUCCAACGUGCGCUCCUUCCUGCAGGAUGGUGUCUUCAUCCCUCCCGAUCACCCUACUCUUUCGAUGUCCAACUCCAAUAUCCUCUACAUCUCUCGUCCGCUGCGCAUGCACUCGGACCCGUCCAGCUCCUCUCUUCGUCCUGGCGGUGGCAGCUCCUCGCAAGUCACGUCCCGCAAACCUACACGCUUCAUCCUUGUCGAUAGCACGGCCAACUUCCGUCCGGAUUACUGGCAGCGUCUGGUUGCCGUAUUCACGACGGGUCAGACCUGGCAGUUCAAGUCAUACAAGUGGUCUUCGCCACCGGAGCUCUUCAAGCAUGCCACAGGUGUCUAUGUCGGAUGGCGCGGAGAGGAUAUUCCUCGUGAAGUGAAGAGCUGGGGCAGAGGAGUGCAGAGCUACGCGGUCGAGCGCUGGGACGAGAAGGGAGGAGCCCACGGGGCGGGCCGGUGGCGUGAUCGGGAAGUGGUCGAAGGGAUCUGGACAGCGAUCGAAGAGGGAAUGAGACUGCGAGGCUGGGGAUCAAAGUAG